CCGCCCCCAGACGCCAUGGACGAGGCGGCGCCGCUCGAAGCCGGCGCCGGGACGGCAGCGCCGCUGACGCGCGAGGACUGCGGGAGGAUCGUCGUUAACGUGUCGGGGCUGCGCUUCGAGACGCGGCUCGAGACGCUCGAGCGGUUCCCGGACACCCUCCUGGGCGACCCCGGCAAGAGGUCGCGCUUCUACGACCCCCUGCGCGACGAGUACUUCCUGGACAGGAACCGGCCGAGCUUCGACGCCAUCCUCUGCUACUACCAGUCCGGCGGGCGGCUCAGGCGGCCGGCCAACGUCUCAGUCGACGUGUUCGGCGAGGAGAUCGAGUUCUUCGAGCUCAGCGGCGAGGCCGUGGUCAAGUUCCGGGAGGACGAGGGCUUAAUCCAGGAGGAGGAGGAGGAGCCGCUGCCAUCGGACGAGUUCCAGCGGCGGGUGUGGCUGCUGUUCGAGUACUCCGAGAGUUCCGUCCCGGCCAGGGGAAUUGGCAUCGUUUCCGUACUGGUCAUUCUCAUCUCCAUCGUCGUAUUCUGCCUCGAGACUCUGCCUGAAUUCAGGGACGAGAAUAGACGGAAUUUUCUCCCGGCAAAGGACGUCAACGACACGCGGGUCGAAAGUACGGAUCGCAGCCCUUUCACCGAUCCAUUUUUUAUUGUGGAAACCAUUUGCAUCAUUUGGUUUUCCUUUGAGCUGCUGGUGAGGUUUUUGACGUGUCCCAACAAACCAGGAUUUUUCAAAAGCGUCAUGAACAUCAUCGACAUCGUGGCCAUUCUGCCCUUCUUCGUUACCCUCGGCACGGAGAUGGCCAAGCGCCGGGGCCGUGGCCAGCAGGCCACGUCGCUGGAGAUUUUGAAGGUGAUCCGGCUGGUGCGAGUGUUCCGUAUAUUCAAGAUGUCCAGGCACUCCAGGGGCUUGAAGAUUCUGGGCCGGACUUUGAAGGCGAGCACGAGAGAGCUGGGCCUGUUCGUGUUUUUCCUCCUCGUCGGCGUCGUCCUCUUCUCCAGCGCCGUCUACUACGCCGAGGCCGACCAACAAAACUCGGAGUUCCGCAGCAUCCCCGACGCCUUCUGGUGGGCCGUCGUAACGAUGACGACGGUGGGCUACGGCGACAUGUGUCCCGUGACCGCGGUGGGCAAGAUCGUGGGCUCGCUGUGCGCCGUCGCCGGCGUGCUCACCAUCGCCCUCCCCGUGCCCAUCAUCGUCUCAAACUUCAACUACUUUUACCGCCGCGAGGCGCACGGCGACGAGCGCCUCGCGGACCGCCCGGCGGAAGCCGUCCACGGGCAGGUCCAAAUACACGGAGAUGCACCACGGUGUGAGCAACGACGCUGCCUUCGAGGUGAAGAUGCUCCUGCAAGCCGCUCGACCGCAACUGCGUCGACAAGAGGCGUCGAGGCCGAUGUCUGAUGCCCCCGCUUUCCAAGUCGUCACGGAAUGCCAUCGAUGUUCUUGGUUCUCUCGGUAAAGUCACCACGUGGAAGGGAAACAAUAAAAAAAUUAAAAUUUUCUUGCUGCGGUUUUCAUAACCUGACGACGAUUGCUCGUGUCGCGGUCGAAACGUCGUGAGAAUUUUAUUGUUUUAUAUAUUUUCAUUAUUUUAUUGUUUCUCUUCUACG